AUGAGAACCAUUGAGGAGACCAGAAAGAGAUGGGACAUCCUGUUCUCCGACAACGACACACCUUUUGACCUCCGAGCGGCGUUGCAAUCCGAACAAGGAGGAAACCUGUGCAAUGAUGGGUUGAGGUCGGCAUUUCUACUUUUCGACGGGUUGGAUAAAACUGAAUGGGCAGCUAAGCUCGACGAAUCCCGGGAUGCAUAUCGUGCGCUGCGAGAUCAUUUCUUGAAAUAUAUCGAACAUCCAGACGAUUUAGAGUCAACUGUUGACCCGCUGGCGGAUGAUGAGCAGUCCCCUUGGCAAACACUCCGACACGAUGAGACGCUGCGUACCGAGAUUCUACAAGAUGUCGAUCGAUGCUUGCAGGAAAACUUCUUUUUCCAAGAGCCCGACACGAAAUCCAAGUUGACCGAUAUCCUAUUUGUCUACUCGAAACUCAAUCCGGACGUCGGCUAUAGACAAGGAAUGCACGAAUUACUCGCGCCUAUUCUCUGGGUGGUAGAUCGAGACUCGGUGAAUCCACCACCCGGAGGACUUGAUGCGAAAAAUGACAAAAGUGAGGGCUUAAUGCUAAAGCUUCUUGACGCGCAAUUUGUGGAACACGAUUCAUUUACACUGUUUCUCUCUGUCAUGCAGACGGCCCGCAUAUAUUAUGAACACGGCGAGACACGCUCAGCAAAUGGCCAGAUGGAUGUUAUUCCGAUAGUUGAUCGGUGUCAUUAUCUCCAUAAGGAAGCUUUGACGAUUAUCGAUCAUGAGCUUGCUGAGCACCUGGAAGCUGUGGACGUAUUACCGCAAAUUUUUCUCACUCGCUGGAUGCGCCUUCUGUUUGGGCGAGAAUGUCCAUUUGACGAUGUCUUGAUGAUGUGGGAUCUACUGUUUGCUCAUGGACUACGGUCUGAGCUUGUUGAUUUCACGUGCAUCGCAAUGCUACUUAGAAUUCGUUGGCAAUUGCUCGCGGCGGACUAUACAACCGCCUUAACAUUAUUACUUCGCUAUCCUUCGCCCCAACCCCACACACCUCAGACUUUUGUGCAUGAUGCACUCUAUUUGGAACAGAACCCUACCGCCGAUCGAGGCAGUUUCAUCAUAUCAAAAUAUUCAGGUAGACCACCCGACUCGAAAAUUCGCAACCACCCCGGUGCACGGCCCACGAGGAAGGCCUUUCUUUGGGAAGACUUUAAGAAACGCAGUGAAAGCAACUCACCUGGUGGAUCACCAGCCCGAAACAGCCCGAAAAGUCUCGAAUCUCUUUUCCAAGACGUCUCCCAGGGGAUCCAACGCCGGACAGAGGCAUGGGGCGUAGCCAAAGCUGUUCGAGGCGCCGUGACAGAAGCUAGGAAAAACAUGCAGACCAUGCAUUAUGAAGCGAAUAUGCGUGGCUCUUCGAGGAUUGUUUCCGCUGCAUCGUCCUCGGACAUCCAACCCAAAGCGCUCAUGGCAACUACGGCGACCUCGGCCAGACUUGAAACAAAGAUCAAUCAACUUGAGGAAAGGAACCAAGCAUUGGCGACGAUUUUACGAGAGGCACUAAAUGAUCUUGGUUCACAGCUGGCUAAUAUCAAGGACCUCGAUUCUGAUACGAACAGCGCAGUGAAGCAAGCUCUGAUCAAAGCCGAGAGUGUGCAGGUCUGCCUCGCAGACUCUUCCAUCCCAGUAGAUCCCCCUCUUGAACCCCAUGUAGACAGUGAAUUGAGCCAACUGGACGAGUCACAAGAGACAAUCACCUCAACAAUGGGCAAAACAGAAGGCAACAUUGUGGCGGACGAGGGUCAAUCCCGAACAACAAGUCCCGCUAACAUGGAUACGACCGGGCCGAAAACCGAAAGUGGGACCCAUUCUGUCCUAGCCACGCGAAGUCGGAUGAACAGUGACAGAAAGACUGAAAAUGCGCGGGCAAUACCCUCGCGAUCAACUGUGCGAUCAACUGUGCGACCUUCUAUGACGGAUUCGGGAUUCUCAUGGAUGCUAGGCGGUGGUCGGAACCUGUCGGGCUUUGUCAGUUCAACAUCGCCGCCGCCGGAGCAGACUCGACAUCUAGACCAAAGCCGAGGGAAACCCAAUACUCUGUUCGGAUCGAAUGGAGAGGACAAUCUAGGGACCGAUUCUGAGCAUGGUCAAUUGGCGCUACACAGCCUUCGGGGCUCCCGGGACCCUCUGUCAGGGACCGGCCCACCAUAG